AUGGCAAACUCUACCACUCCAACCUUGACUACCGGCGAGACAUCUGCGUCUGCAUCUGCAUCUGGCUCCUCGUCAGCGAUUCCUGCCCUUCCUUCUACCUCUGAUCCGGUUGAAUCAUAUGGCAUUUCACCAAUUCCUGUUACAGAGCCUCGACCGGCCCCUCCACCAGCAAAUCCCUCAGCUGAAAUCACCGAGGAAGGCCACGUUUUCGUUAUACGCAUCAAUGAUCCUGAACUGACUGUUCAUCACCUGAACCAUUUCGACUGGCUUCAACGUGACAGAGUUAUUGUCCAGAUUGACCCGUCCUUUGACUCGCAUAACCCUAACAGGCCUCACAUGAUGGACUGGGAAAAUCGUCAUAUGUACAUGAUCCCCUUAGUGAGGCGUGGUGUGAACAUUGGAGAAGCUCUGGAAUACAUCCUUGGAGCCUUUGUCGACGCUGGACGUCUUGCUGUCAAGCUCAAGUUUGGCAAUUGCUAG